GCGGGAAGAUGAAGGUUCUCUGGGCUGUAUUGGUGGUCAUAUUCCUGGCAGGAUGCCGGGCCAAAGCGGAGGCAGAGUUGGAGCCAGAGCCAGAGCAGGCCAGGUGGCAGGUGGGCCAGUUAGCCAGCCAGCCCUGGGAGCUGGCGCUGGGCCGCCUCUGGGAUUACCUGCGCUGGGUGCAGACGCUGUCUGAACAGGUGCAGGAGGAGCUACUCAGCUCCCAGGUCACCCAGGAACUGACGUCCUUAGUCUCUCGCCUCGGGCCGUUGAUGGAGCAGGGCCGCUUGCGGGCCGCCUCCGUGGGCACCGUGGCCGGCCAGCCCCUGCGGGAGCGGGCCCAGGCCUGGGGCGAGCGGCUGCGCGGGCAUUUCGAGGAGAUGGGCAGCCAGGGCCGCGACCGCCUGGAGGAGGUGCGCGAGCAGUUGGAGGAGGUGCGCGCCAAGGUGGAGGAACAGGCCGACCAGAUGCGCCUGCAGGCCGAGGCCUUCCAGGCUCGCCUCAAGAGCUGGUUCGAGCCCCUGGUGGAAGACAUGCAGCGCCAGUGGGCCGGGCUGCUGGAGAAGGUGCAGGCCGCCGUGGGCACCAGCUCCAUCCCUGUGCCCACCGAGAAUCACUGAGGGCCCAGGCCUGCCGCCUGGCCCGCCUCACUCCUGCCCCAGCCCCCUGCCUCCCCUCAGACAGCAGGAGGCCCUGUCCCCUCCCCGCGGUCCUCUGGUCCUCCUCCGAUGGGCCCUAGAUUAAUAAAGAUUCCUCAAGCUGCACAGCA